AUGCUAUUGCGCAGAACGCAGUCGAGUCACCCCCUCAGGAGAUCCAAAGUUGAGAAUGUGACCAAUGUGCAGAUCCUGGUGGUGUCCCUGCUGCUCUUGGUCAUGUCCUUGGUGAGCUGUGUGGGAGUCACAUUCUGGAAUGACAGAUACGGCAGAGCAGACAUCUGGUACAUCGGGAAGAAGGAUUACGACUCCCACAGCUUUGGGUUUGACAUUUUGGUGUUCAUCAUUCUGUACCAUAAUCUCAUCCCCAUAAUUCUGCUGGCCACUCUGGAAAUUGCAAAAUACAUUCAGGCCCUGUUUAUAAACUGGGAUGAAGAUAUGCAUUUUAAGGGAAUUAAUGUCUACGCCAUGGCCAGAACAUCCAAUCUCAAUGAAGAGCUCGGGCAGGUGAAAUACUUAUUCUCUGAUAAAACAGGGACCCUCACUUGCAAUAUUAUGACAUUUAAGAAGUGUACCAUUGCUGGUAUAAUUUAUGGAAAUCAGUCAGACAGAAGUGCUGCUGGUGAAGAAAACUUAAGCCCGAGGCUCAAGAUGCUGGGGUCACGCUUGUCUGGAAGCUCCGCUAACAAUGAAAUCUUUGCCCUGACUUUGGGGCCUGGGAAGGUGCUACAGCCUUUGUCUGGUGUGUGCCACUACACAGCUACCAGGCCUCCUCCCCAGAUGGGAGAAGAAUUCACAUUUGAAAUUCUUAAUGUCCUGGAAUUUUCUAGUACUGGAAAGAGGAUAUCUGUAAUUGUGCAAACUCCUACAGGACAGCUCCAGCUCUACUGCAAAGCGGCUGAUUCAGUGAUUUAUGAGAGACUUUCAGAAGAUUCUCUCUUUGUGGAGGAGACUUUAGCCCAUCUGGAAUGUUUUGCCAAAGAAGGUCUGAGAACUCUGUGUGUUGCCUACAUAGAUUUAACUGAGAGAGAGUAUCAGCAGUGCUUGGUGAUGUAUAAAGAAGCCAGUACAGCUGUACAAGAUAGAACUCAAAGUUUGGAAGACUGUUACGAUGCUAUUGAAAAGAGGUUCCUGCUACUUGGAGACACAGCCAUUGAAGAUUACCUUCAAGCACGUAUUCCAGAAACAAUAACAGAUUUACUGAAAGCAAGCAUAAGAAUAUGGGUCUUGACAGGAGAUAAACAAGAAACUGCAAUUAACAUAGCUGGGUUAGUUCCUUUCAUUUAUCCAAGAGCUUUCACAUCAUGCCCCUUUAACCCUUUGGGAGGAAAAGAAAGUGACCUAUCAUUGAACUGUCUGUUUGUUAGUGGAUGUCUCCUCAGCUUCACACAGCUUAAAAUGACUGCUUUUAUAAAGACUCAACCUUUCUGGAAAGGGUUAUCUCCCCUCCAGAAGGCUGAGAUAGUGGAUAUGGUUAAGGAACAUGUAAAGGCCAUCGCCCUGGCCGUCGGGGACAGAGCCAGCGAUGUUGGGAUGAUCCAGACGGCCCACGUGGGUGUGGGAAUCAGUGGGAACGAGGGCAUGCAGGCCACCAACAACUCGGAUUAUGCCAUCGCACAGGUGGUCUGGAGCCGAGGCUACUUAGAGAAGCUUCUGUUGGUUCAUGGAACUUGGAAUUAGUUUCGAGUGACCAAAUGCAUAUUGUAUCGUUUGUACAAGAAUGUUCUGUUAUACAUCACUCAGCUUUGGUUCGCCUUUGUUAAUGGAUUUUCUGGGCAGAUUUUAUUUGAACGUUGGUGCAUCGGCUUGUACAACGUGAUUUUCACGUCACUGCCACCUAUUACUCUGGGAAUCUUUGAACAGUGUUGCAGUCAGGAGAGCCUGCUUAGGUUCCCACAACUCUACACAAUUUCUCAGACAGGUGAUAUUUUCAAUAUAAAGGUGCUUUGGAUUCAAUGUAUAAAUGCUUUGGUCCAUUCCUUCAUUCUCUUCUGGUUGCCCACAAAAAUGCUGGAACAUGGUUCAAACUUUAGCAGCAUGCCUGCACAUGUUAACCAAGGACAAAUAAACUUAUUUCUCAUUCUUCACUCGUUCAACAAGAAACUGUACAGUCUAUGGAUGAUACAAAGGGACCAGCCCUGCUGCAUCCGAAAAUUCUUCCUUGGUGUGGGAGUCCCCGCAGAGUGACCCUGUGCUUCUCAGACUCACCUUUGUGGUACCCACGGAGGCUGGCAGCAUCGUGGGCCAGCCCUGGCUCUCAGUGCUAACCAGAGCCUCGGUGACCUGGCUCGUGCCUGUGGAAGGCCUGGUGAUGCCCACCACCACCAACACCGCAAAGGAGGCAAGCUGCUGGCACCGAUUCUGUGGACGGCAAACUUUUCCACGUCACCAGCACGAGCUUCAUAAACCGAGCCUGCUCCAAGUCUACACUGUGGGACCCAAAGAUGAACAGGAUUUGGUUUGUGCCUUCAAGGAGUUGUUGUCUAGACAGAAAGACAAAAGGAAUCAUAAUCCCAGUUAUAUCAAUAGAGACAUGAAUACAACGUUCCGGGGGAAAUUGAACCUGGACCUGGGGUAUCCAACCCCAUUCUCCAGCCUAUUUUUUUUAUAGAUGUAUAGUUGAUUUACAGUGUUGUGUAAUUUCUGCUGUAUGGCAAAGUGAUUCAGUUAUAUAUAUAUAUAUACACAUACACAUUCUCCUUUUCAUAUUCUUUUCCAUUAUGGUUUAUCAUAGGAUAUUAUAUAUAGCUCCCUGUGCUAUACAGGAGGACCUUGUUGUUUAUCCAUUCUAUAGAUAAUAGUUUGCAUCUGCUAACUCCAAUCUUCCAAUCCAUCCCUCUCCCACCCCCUACCCCCUUGGCAGCCACAAGUCCGUUCUCUAUCUCUGUGAGUCUGUUUCUCUUUCAUAGAUAGGUUCAUUUGUGUCGUAUUUUAGAUUCCAUAUAUAAGUGAUAUCUUAUGAUAUUUGUCUUUCUCUGUCUGAUUUACUUCACUUAGUAUGAGAAUCUCCAGGUCCAUCCAUGUUGCUGCAAGUGGCAUUACUUCAUUCUUUUUUAUGGCUGAGUACUAUUCCAUUGUAUAUAUUGAUAUAUACCACAUCUUCUUUAUCCAUUCAUUUGUUGAUGGACAUUAGGUUGUUUACGGUUGUUGGCUAUUGUGAAUAGUGCUGCAGUGAGCAUUGGGGUACGUGUAUCUUUUUGAAUUACAGUUUUGUCUGGCUAUAUGCCCAGGAGUAGAAUUGUCCGACCAUUUUGAAUCAGCAUACAUUUACCUUAAGUACCGUAUUCUAAAUGAGUAUCUAGUUUCCUCAAGCUGUUUCUAGCACAUACUCCAGUCACUGCAGCUCCUCCCUCUGUGGUCCACAGGUAUAGGGCUGUGACCCAAGCUGCCUCACAUUUUAGGAAGACCUCAGUUGUCUUAUGCAUUCCUGCCAUCAGUGGACUAGAGGGAGCAGGGAAGGAAGGAUGUAUUGGUCAGCUCAGGCUGCCAUAACAAAGUACCACAGACUAGGGGGCUUAGACAAUGGAAAUUUAUGUCCCACAGUUCUGGAGGCUGGAAGUUUGAGAUCAAGGUGCCGGCAGGUUUGGUCUCCUGCGGCCUCUCGCCUUAGCUUGUAGACGGCCGUCUUCUCAUUGUGUCCUUACUGCUCUUUCUUCUGUGCGUGCCCACCCCUGGCAUCCCUUCCUCUUCUUGGAAGGACAGCAGUCCUGUUGGCUUAGGGCCUUAUGGCCCCAUUUAGCCUUGAUUAUCUCCCUAGCACCUCCUGUAUCUGUCUCUCCGCAUACAGUCACAUCGGGGGUUAGGGCUUCAACCUAUGAAUUGGGGGGGGAGGGGACAUAAUUUAAGUCCAUAACGGAGGUUUUGCAACAUUCAUCUUCGAGGCUUGGAAUUACAUUCAGAAGUAUCUGACUGUGAUGCAGAACUUUUUAGCUGAUCAUCUUCCAGUGUCAGUCAUCAUUAGGAGAAUAGAGUUUUGAGACUGGAUUAGUGAACCUGCUUCAGGACCUUCAUGUGACAUCACAGGUAGAUGGCCAGUUUCACAGCUGCAAUCUUUUUUUUUUUUUUCUAGAUUCUUCUUUAUUGUGGUAAAAUACACAUAAGAUAAAUUUUCCCAUUAAUAUGGUUUAGUAGAUUCACAAGGUUGUGCGACUGUCACCACUUCUAGUUGCAAAACAUUUUCAACCCAAAAGGAAAGCCUAUACCCAUUAAGCCGUCACUUCCCCUUCUGCCCUCCCUCCCCAGCCCCAGGCAACCACUGACCUUCUUUCUGUUGCUAUGGAUUUGCCUAUUUAGGACAUUUCAUAUAAAUGGAAUCAUACAUUAUAUGCCUUUUUGUGUUUGGCUCUUUGGUUUACCAUAGUGUUUUCAAGGUUCAUUCGUGUUGUAGCAGGUGUCAGUAUUUCAGUCUUUUUUAUGGCCAAAUAAUAUUCCAGUUGUAUGGAUAGACCACAUUUUGUUUAUCUGUUCAUUGGUAGAUGGACAUUGAGUUGUUUCUACUUUUUGGCAAUUAUAAAUAGUGAUGCUGUGUGUAGUUUUUAAAAUAUUGUCCAAUUAUCUUUUAUUAAAGUAUAUAUAUAUAUUUAUUUAUUUUUAUUUGGCUGCGCCAGGCUGGACAUAUGUUUUCAACUCUUUUGGGUAUGUAUACCUAGGAGUGCAAUUGCGGAGUCAUAUGGUAGCUCUGUGUCCAACUUUUGAGGAACCGUCAAGCUGUUAUGCACAGUGGCUUUAUAUUCCCAACUAGCAAAGUGUGGGUUCCAAUUUCUCAACAUGCUCUCCAACUCUUGUUAUUUUCUGUUUAUUAUUAUUACCAUUGCCAUCUUAGUAGGUAUGAUGUGUUAUUGUGAUUUUGACUUGCGUUUCCCUAAUGACUAGUGAUGUUGAAUAUCUUUUCAUAUGCUUGCUGUGUAUCUUCUUUGGAGAAAUGUCUAUUCAAGUCCUUUGCCUGUUUUUUGAUUGGGUUUGUCUUUUUGUUGUUGAGUUGUAUAUAUACUCUGGAUGCUAGACUCUUCUCAGAUAUAUGAUUUGCAAAAACUUGCUGCAGGCUUUUUGACAUUAUGUUGAUUUUGUUUACGCCACCCUUUUAGACACUCUGGCAUUACUGGAAGAAGUCCUGGGUGGUUUUUAACUCCGUAUCUUCAAAAAGAAAAUAUACCAAUAGUAAACAUCAAAAUCAACAUAAAAAUGUUUCCGUAAAACUCUGGGGUUAGGGGUGAGGAUGGGGCAGGGAGAGCAGUACGUCAAAUGUUUAAAGUUAAUAGUAGAUGAGAAGAAAAAGAAUUUUAAGUAUGGAAAUUACUUUUCUGAAAGUCAGUAUAUUAAUUACAAGGAAAAAACAGGAGGAUGAAAGAUGAAAACUUUUAAAGCAACAAGGAAGAUUUUUUUUUUCAAAAUUUUAUGACCGUUUUUAUUUUCAGAUGAGGUUAAGUAAACCACAAGACAAAAUUAAAAGAAAUGUAAAUUAACAUAUUUGUUUGGGUUUGCGGUCUCAUUUGUUAACACAAACACUUUAACUUAAAAGAACUUCUGGUAAACCAAAUGUGAGUUUUCAGUACUACUCCUAUUUAUAAAAGAGGAGGGAAAGAAGGGAAUGAACCCAGGGAAAGCCAUUCUUCCUAAACAGACUGCUGACUGGUGUGCAGAUGGUAGGAACCUCUGUUCUUCCUGAAAUAUACAGAAAAUCACUGUAGAUCUUGCAGCUUUUAGAACUUCCAGCCAAAGGAAAUAUGAUUACCUCCAUAUGAUUUGCAUCAACUCCAGUUAGCCGAGUUAUAAGUAAUCAUUUCUUUAGUUCUAUGACUUUGUACUUGUACUCUUAAAGAUAUGUCAGAAGUUUGUUUUUAAAUCAAUUGUAUUUUUUUUUUCCUAGCGGUAAAAUAUAACAUUC